UAAGUGACCGGUUCUAAUACGAAACAAAUAUCUCGAUCUCUUCGUUUUGUCCUGCGCCUUAUCCAUGGCUCCUCCAACUCCAAGACUAGUGGUGCCAAUUGACUUGAAGAAGAAGCCAUGGGAACAACCUCUACCUCUUCACAAUCGUUGGCACCCGGAAAUACCUCCGGUCACCCAUGUUAAGGCCGGUGAGCCCAUUAGAGUUGAAAUGGUGGACUGGACCGGAGGUGCCAUUAAAGAUGAUGAUUCUGCAACCGAUGUCAAAUUUAUAGACCUAUCCACUAUUCAUUAUCUGAGUGGGCCUAUAAGAGUUGAAGACAAGGAUGGCAUAGCAGCCAUGCCGGGUGAUCUUCUUGCAGUGGAAAUAUGUAAUUUGGGUCCUUUACCGGGUGAUGAAUGGGGUUAUACAGCGACGUUUGACAGGGAAAAUGGUGGUGGGUUUUUGACAGACCAUUUUCCAUGUGCAACUAAAGCUAUUUGGUAUUUUGAAGGAAUAUAUGCUUACUCUCCUCAUAUACCGGGGGUGAGAUUUCCGGGUUUGACUCAUCCCGGGAUAAUCGGAACGGCGCCGUCGAUGGAACUUCUGAAUAUAUGGAAUGACAGAGAAAGAGAAGUAGAAGAGAAUGGCCAUAAGUCCCUAAAACUAUGUGAAGUUUUGCAUACACGACCAUUGGCAAAUCUUCCAUCCACCAAAGGCUGCCAUUUAGGGAAGAUAAAAAAGGGGACUUCCGAAUGGGAAAAGGUCGCUAACGAGGCGGCGAGGACUAUUCCAGGAAGAGAGAAUGGUGGAAAUUGUGACAUCAAAAACCUCAGUAGAGGUUCAAAAAUAUAUCUUCCUGUUUUUGUUGAAGGAGCUAACCUCAGCACAGGUGACAUGCAUUUUUCUCAAGGUGACGGUGAAGUCUCAUUUUGUGGAGCAAUUGAGAUGAGUGGUUUUCUCGAGCUUAAGUGCGAAAUCAUAAGAGGUGGAAUGAAAGAGUACCUCACGCCAAUGGGACCAACCCUUCUUCAUGUAAAUCCUAUAUUUGAGAUCGGACCGGUCGAACCGAGAUUCUCCGAAUGGUUGGUGUUCGAGGGAAUAAGUGUGGAUGAGAGUGGAAGGCAACAUUUCCUUGACGCAAGUGUUGCAUACAAGCGUGCGGUACUCAAUGCAAUUGACUACCUCUCGAAGUUUGGAUACUCGAAAGAACAGAUUUACCUUCUGCUAUCCUGCUGCCCUUGCGAAGGACGGAUCUCUGGGAUCGUAGAUUCACCAAAUGCCGUUGCAACUCUUGCAAUUCCUACUGCUAUCUUCGACCAGGACAUUCGUCCGAAAGCAGGAAAGGUGCCAGUCGGGCCUCGGCUAGUGAGAAAACCCGAUGUGUUAAGAUGUAGUUACGAUGGAAAUCUUCCCACAACGAAGAAUCCAGCUGCCUUGAUGUAACUUUAAGCCUACGGAACUAAGAGCAAGAAAGUGUAAUGUAGGGGUUUUACAUUAUCUAUGCCUAGUGGGGCUUUAUGCACAUGGAGACAACUAUGGAUGAACAACAGUGAUGUAAAGGAUAAACUCCAACUUCUGGCUUAGCUGAAAACAAUGUUUUAAACACGGACA